GCCAUUUCUACAAAGUAAGAGGGGAAUAAAACCCUGAUAAAAACUGAACAGCUGAAAGAAUAUCAAAUGACUUGCCAUUAGCCCGGCAAAUUAAUGUCGGAAGCUUAACGCCUGUAAUUACCUUGCUCUAUUCUCCAGUUCAGACACUCAAGUUAUUGCUGAGAUUGUUUCAGCCCCGAAGACCUGGAGAUAAUUAGUGAUAUAUCUCUAAGAUGAUCAUUGAAAACUUGGAUGCCUUGAAGACGUGGCUCUCCAAAACGCUUGAACCCAUUUGUGAUGCAGACCCAUCUGCCCUUGCGAAGUAUGUUGUCGCCUUGGUAAAGAAAGAUAAAUCGGAGAAGGAAUUGAAAGCACUAUGCAACGACCAGUUGGAUGUAUUUCUACAGAAAGAGACCCAAACAUUUGUGGAUAAACUUUUUGAAGCUUUGAACUCAAAGAGUUACCUACCUCAGCCUGUCCUCGAGCAGCCUGCCUCCACGAGCCGCCCCGCCGACUCGCACCAGCGCACAGACAAGGAUGAGCCAAGGAAAGAAGAGGUGCGCAGGCCCCAGCCCAGUCGUGAGGAGGACCGAGAUAAAAAGUUCUCCAGGAGGGUGAACCACAGCCCCCAGCCUAGCCGCUACAGUCGAGACAGCAGAAGACUGGAUGACCGCAAGAAGGAUGACCGCUCCAGAAAGCGGGAGUAUGAGCGGAACUUGCCAAGGCGCGACUCGUACCGGGAGCGCUACAACCGGCGACGGGGCCGUAGCCGCUCCUACAGCCGCAGCCGCAGUCGGAGCAAAGAGCGCCCCCGCGACCGUGACCGAGACCGCGAGCGGGACCGUGACCGUGAGAGAGAGCGCGACCGCACACGCAGCCGCUCACGGUCCAGGAGUCCUGGUCGCAGUAGAGAGAGGGAUUCUGGGAAGAGCAAGUACGAGCACGAACGUGCUGAACGACCGGACACAGGGCCGGCCGAUGGUUACUCCAACCCCCCCCUGGUUCCUGGCCCCUCCUCUUCCCACUUCCCUGUGCCUACGCUCAGCAGCACCAUCACAGUCAUCGCCCCUGCCCACCAUGGCAACAACUCCACGGAGACCUGGUCUGACUUCCCUCCAGACCACCAGCUUGAUCACGCCCCCUACGCCAGAGGAGCUGUACCCCAACAGAGGAAGCGCUGCCGGGACUAUGAUGAGAAGGGCUUCUGCAUGCGGGGGGACAUGUGUCCCUUUGACCACGGCAGUGACCCUGUGGUGGUUGAGGAUGUAAACCUUCCCAGCAUCCUCCCGUUCCAGCCUCCACCUCUCCCUGGGGUGGAUGGUCCUCCCCCGCCUGGCCUGCCCCCUCCCCCACCCCUGAUGACGCCUGUCAACCUCAGGCCGCCUGUACCCCCUCCGGGUACCAUGCCACCCAGCCUCCCUCCUGUCGCAGGUCCCCCACCCCCUCUCCCAGCACUGCAGCCGUCAGGCAUGGACGCCCCUCCCAACUCAGUUACCAGCUCAGUGCCCACCAUUGUUACAUCAGGGGUGAGACCCCCCAUCACCCAGCCCCCUCCCCCUCUCUUCACCUCUGACUCCUUUGAAAUGGAUGGAUACAAUCCAGAGGCUCCCAGCAUGAGUGGCAGUAGACCCAUCUUCCGUCACCGUGUCAACCCACAGAGGUCCAAUUUGAUUGGCUUGACAAUGGGAGGGGUGGACCUAGAGCCAAGAGAGAAGAUGCCCAACAGCAACAACAUGCGCAUUGUUUUGGAAUCCGACUCUAGGAAGAGAUUAGGUGGACCUCACGAUGGGCCAGGGCCUGUCAAGAAGCCCUGGUUAGACAAGCCAAGCUACAAUAAGCCUAAUCACCAGGGCUUCCAUAAGAAGAAUCCCUUCAGCCUGGCAAACACCAAACUGGACGUACGUGUGAUCCCACCCGAGCUGAACAACAUCAGCAAACUCAACGAGCACUUCAGUAAAUUCGGCACCAUCGUUAACCUACAGGUGGCUUACAGGAAUGACUCGGAAGCGGCUCUGAUCCAGUUCUCCACCUAUGAGGAGGCCAAACGGGCCAUGCUGAGCACUGAGGCAGUCCUCAACAACCGCUUCAUCAAAGUCAACUGGCACAGAGAUGACCCCCCACCAACACACACAUCCCAAAAUAUGCAGCAGGGCAUCCAGCCUUCCCAGGAUGUCCCAGCCACCACCCCCAAACAGUCGGUCAAGGACCGCUUGGGCCCAGUGCCCGCCUGCAACUCUGAGCUACCACAGGACCCCAACACUGCCUCGCAGAAUGCAUCAAAAAUGUCCGUGAAGGAGAGGCUAGGGUUUCCUGUGAGACCUGCAGCUCCAGGAGGAAAGGUCUGCUCUCCGUCCAUGGGGCUAACAAAGACCGUCUUCAACCCAGCAGCACUCAAAACUGUCAACAAGGGAGCGUCGUACAUGGGCACGACCACUCCUGAGGAAGCACUGAAGAGAAAGCAGGAAGCCAUGAAGCUGCAGCAGGACGUGAGGAAGAAGAAGCAGGAGAUUCUGGAGAAGCACAUCGAGGCCCAGAAGCUGCUGAUCUCCAAGCUGGAGAAGAACAAGAGUAUGAAGGCGGAGGACAAGGCUCAGAUCAAGUCCACACUGACCACCCUCACUCAGAGCAUCACCAAACUCCAGGAGGAGAUCAAAGGCCUCGCCAGCCCCAGCAUGCUUAAGUGCAUCAAGAGCAAAGCCCAGGCACAGAAGGAGCUUCUGGACACAGAAAUGGACCUGUACAAGAAGACCCAGGCCGGAGAGGAUACCGCCCAGCUGAAGAUCAAAUACACACAGCUCCAACUUGAGGCGGCCAAGCGGGGGCUCUUGAGUACGGCGCGGGGCCGAGGGGCUCACGCACGGGGUCGUGGGGUUCUGAGGGGCAGGGGCCGUGGGAUCAGGGGCAGAGGGCGUGGGGGCCAGUCAGUGCACGCAGUGGUGGACCACCGGCCCCGCUCGCUCGAGAUCACUGGCUUCAGUGAUGCAGACCGCGUAGACGUUCUGCCACACUUUGCACAAUUUGGGGAGAUUGAGGAUUGCCAGAUGGAAGACUUGUGUCAGAAUGCCAUAAUCACCUACAAGACCCGUGCUGAAGCAGAGCUGGCGGCGCUGCAUGGUGUGAGGUUCAAUAACCAACUGCUGCGCCUGUCGUGGCACAAGCCGCCUGUGCCACUCACCACCAGUGACCCUGAGGAGGCCGAACCAGAGGAGGAGGAGUUCCAGGAGGACUCGCUGGCGGAUGACGUGCUGUUGCAGGAUGACGACGAGGAUGACGAUCAUGAAUCUCGCCCAUGGCGGAGAUGAGGAGGAGCAGGAACAGGAGUAGGAAGGCCCGGCAACAAGCUGCAUUGAGCUGACAUUGUUUUUAAUAGUCUACUCACAUUUCCUUUGCUGUUAUUAACUCCGUAGACCAGACAGACGUGUGCUACAGAGGUGAAUUUGGAAGGGGUGGGGGGAGAAGUGGCUGGCGGUAGAACUUUGUGUGUGAAAUUUGACUCAUGUAUAUACCACAAUGUUACUUUUUUUAAGCUGUAAAAAAGGUUUCUUUGGUGUGAAGGCUUGCUUGUUUGAAAGGAUGCAUUUUUUGUUUGUUUGUUUGUUUUUUAAAUGAAUGACUGGAUUAUUUGGGUACAUUAUGACUGACUUUGGGUGGACUGCCGACUGGUUUUUGUUAAAGCGUUUGCUAGACGUCCUGUGAUGGAAGGAGGUGCUUUAACAUAGUUUAGCAAUUAAGAGCCUCAUAGUACAGCUUUGUUGCAUUUGAUGUACAUAUUUUAUGUCUUAAAUUUUAAUGAUUUGUAUGACUAUGCUCUUGUACACUUCUGGAUUCUUGGCUUUCAUUUUGAAAUGUAAAAAAGAGAAAAUAAAGAAUUGAAAUGGUCUGAAAAAAAUCAGCUGUCAAAAAAGAUUAAAAAAAAAAAGAAAAGAAAAGGAAAAAAAACAUUUGGAGAUCACCUAUGCCUUAAAUGGCCAAAAAAGAUGAGAAAAAAAAGAAAAGAUGGAAAAGCUGAAAAAAAUAAAGACCAUUUCAACCCCCCCACCCCCAAUUCUCACAAAAAAGCAAUAUUCCAAGAUAAACUUCCACAUAUUGUGGAAUCCUACUUUACAUAUUCCUUUUCAUCCCACCUGGUGAGUAGUCUGGUAAAUUCGAGGCAUGACCUAAGGUAAGAGGCACCUGAGGUAAUAGCUGAGCCGCUUUACUGCGUGGACGUCUUUCACCUUUUUGGUCAUAAUUUAAUGUACUAUUCCAUACUUUGGUUCUUGUUAUGCAGAUGACCACAUGCAUCUUGUUUUUGUCCUUUGCUCUAUUCCUCUCCAGACAACUCUUAUGGGGAUGGUGCUGCUUUACCCGGAAACUGGAAGACUUCUCCCACAACCCAGAUGGACUGUUUGCUGUUUAUGAACUGUCUUUGUAUACUCCACUUGCUGUUGGUGGGGCCAUGGGUGUAUGGACCUUGUGGUGGCCCUUGCAUGCAAACUACUGCCCUCCAAUGAACCACAAAUCCCAGGAACCCUGGCGUCUAGGUGAAAUGAGAGCCAUAAAUCAGAGAGGCUGCUGGGAAUUGGCAUGAUGCUAAGGGCCACACAGCUGAAAUGACCCACAAUUCCACACUGUCACACCUUUCCCCUCACAGACAGAAAUCUUCAUCUGUAGCAAAGCUAAGAGGAAUUCUUGCUCUUUUGUGUCUCUGUCUUCCCCUCUGUCUUACCCUCUCAUACUCUCUUCAUUAUAUUUUGUCAGUAUGAUUUAAAUAGGAAAAACAACAUGUAUGGGAGAGCUCUGUUAGUUAUCUUAUAGCUUGUUUUAAACAUGAACAAAUUAAAGGUGCAUUCAAUUUAUUCAUUACCUGACAAGCAUUGUCUAUGUCAAAGGCCGACCACAUGAUGGUGCUGUAUGACAGUGUAGUGCAGGUGCUAACCCCUCUUUGCACCCCACAGGCCUGACGGAGCUUCCCAGGACUGGGAUUCUUCAGGGAGCCGGGUGAAGAUGGUCGGCCUUCCAAGUCCUGCUCUCAGCAAAGGACACUGCGCUGUGGCGACUUCAGCAUGUUUCAGCUGUGGCACUUUGUAAGCCUCCAUUUUCACAAACUUUGCACUUCACAAACUUUGUUGGAGCACUGACUCAUGUUUUAGUCCUGUCUGAACCAGUCUGUGGUCAUGGUGUAUUUUAAUGGCUUCAUUAAAUGAGAUGGCUUAGAAAUUAUUUUUUGUCAGGGACUCAAAGGCCUUCUCUCAGUUGAGGAGAUUGCACUGUUGCGGCAGGAUUGGUUGGUGCAUGCUUCAACUGUAACACUUAGUAAACCUCCAUUUUCUUUAGUAAACUUCCAUUUACAUUUUCUCUUCACAUUUCUAAUACAGCCAGUACUGUUAUUUUUUAACGAUAAAUAGAAGGUUGUUGGGGUUUAACUGUCAUGCACAUAAAGAGGAAAGUGACUGGACAUCAUUGAUUGGCACAGUGAUUUGCAAGGAGUUGAAUGGUUGUUUGUGACAGACUUGUAACGAAGGUUAAAGAUGGCUCUGACUGGAGGUCAGGGAUCAUCCCAGUGCUUGACCCUAGUUAGGGAUGGAGUGGAGAGGGUGAUUAGAGGAAGCACUUUGUCCUUGUUUGUUUAGAGACCAAAAUAUGGUGUCACAUUCAGUGGAGCUGUACAGUAUCUUAUUGGGGAUCUGAAGAUAGGAAUGAUUUAGAGCAUGUGUUUCCGGAAGUGAAUCAAGUGUUUUCUUGUUGAAAUCAAAUUAAAACAAGGAGACUAGCAUUUGUUUGCCUGGAUUUCAAUAGAUGUUAAUAAAAAACACAAAAUCUA